CCGCCACCUGCAACUCAGUUGUACGUUUGGCUGCGUCUGGUGUAGACGCACGCGCCCUUUCUUCCUUGCUCGUGCGUCACGUGACGGGCGCGUAGAACAUGACGAGGACCACUCUGUCGAAAUAACCCCCCAAAAAUCAAGGAUUACUCGUGGCUUUAGAUACAUACUUACUGGUGAAUCGAAGUCACUGAGAAGCUUUGUAUAUAUAUCAUUGCAUCAUUUUCGCUUUUGUGAGAUACAUACUUACUAGUGAAUUGAAGUCACUGAAAAGCAUAGUAGCAUUGCAUUGUUUUCGCUUUUGUGAAUGAAUGUUUAUGGGCUUUGUGCAACCUAACAUGGUCAAGUUUCUGUCCAGGACUUGUAUAAGACACCUCAGUGAAGUCAAAGCUGAUCAGUGUAGGAUGUCAGUGCAUCGUUGAGUGCCAUGUUCAGAGGUGGGGGUUUGUGCUUGGCCGGCCCUGGGGACACGAACAUCAACAAGGUGUCCCCGAGGAUUCGGGCACUCCAGGACCGUCUCAUGGAUUCCCUGCCCUCCGACGGUGCCUGGGAGUGCCUCUCCCCCGCGCAGAGGGAGGCCAUCAUCGCCCUCCAUCGGUCCAGGCUCGCUUCCACCGAUGAUUCCAGCGAGCAUGGCGAAAACGCCCGCGGCGGCGGCGGCGCGGAGGGGCUGCUGGAAGGCCCAGGGCUUCCCCGUCGCUGCCGCAGCCGCAGUUACGACGACCGUCUGGAGAGCGAGACGGACGACUCCGGCGUCCGCGGUGUCAACGGCACCAACAGCAGCGGCGCCGCGAGUCACGAGGACUCCUCGAGCGACCAGGGCGUCAAGCGCGGGGGCGGGAUAGGAGGGCGCUUCGCCAAGGCGGCCAGCGCCGACCGAGCGACCAAACGCGACGUGAAGAACGAAAUGCACGAACUCAAUAACAUGAAGAACGUCAGAAAGAGCGAGGUGGUGACUAACGGUUUCGGUAACGUGAACAAAAUCAUUUCCAAACAGAUGAACAAGUGCGGGGCGGUGCCCAACGGGACCUCCAAUAUCACUCUAGACUGUAGAAAUGUGCAGGGCGAAAAGAGGCGUAGGUCGCGUAUCGAUGUGGAUGGUGUGUUUAGGGACUGUAGUCUGGAGAGGAACUUAGAGGCAAUUAGGGAAAGUAAUACUUCUAAAAGGACUUCUGCUGCAAGUGAUUCGCAGCAAAAUAGAGUGGGGAUAAGUAGAAGGAACAUUUUAGCCGACAACUACGUGAGUGAGAACAAACUCCAUUCCUUGAAGGAAGUCAAAGAGACAGUCUCCUCCGAGGAAUACGACAGUGGGGUUAAUUUUAAGAAUGACGACAGCGUCGACGAAUACAUCAGAAACAGACAGAAAGGAGGCUGUGAUCUGAACCAUCACGAUUUCGAGUCCGACCGGACGCCCAGGAGUGACAGCACCUCUCCCACGCUGCCCCUCAAAAGGGACAGGUCCAACGACAAGCGACCGAAGGGGGACGACCUCACGACGAGGAAGCCCUCCUCCGAGAAGGACCCCUUCGGAGGAUGGGACCACGCGGGGGAAAAGAUGGAGAAGACCAGGUCGCGGGAGAGGGAGGGGAGGGCAGUCAUGUCGCACUCCUUAGAUAAGCACUAUCAGGAGAGGGCCAAGACCAAGUCUGGCGGUGAACCCCUGAAGAGGAGCAACCUGAAGGUCGGUUACGGUGCCAAACUCAAUUCCACUUUCGACUACCGCACGAAUCUCAAUCAAGACCAGAUGAAUAAAUACAGCAGCAACUGGAAUAAUAUGAUACUAAGCUGCGAUGUUCCUAUUAAACCUUCCCAGGCUCCGUCCAGUGGGCGCGAAUCACGUUUCACUAAAAACGCCUCGUCGGGCGCCAUGACCCGAAGCACCGGGAAUUUAGCCAACAAAUCGGCCAUGGCUGCCCAGAAGAAAGGGGACCCCGCCAACUGGGGCAUGUCAGAUCCCAGGAGGACGCCAAACGCAAGCCAAGACAGAUCCGCGGGCAAAAAGUACGUCAGGAGCAAGAGUCUGGAUCGUAAGUACCUCGAUGAGGACACGUCUGACGAAGACAGCGACUUCGAGACGCGUCGUCGGACGGAGAGGACCAGGAGGUACAAUCGGGGCAGCCAGGAUUGGGAAGUUGGGGACGGCGGCGGCGGCGGUCGUUUAAGACCAGACGAUAGAAUCAGGUACAGGAGCCGGGAAAUGCUCGAUUACAAAUACAAUUACAACGGCCAGAACGUCCGACCGAAAGCCAAGAGCGCCUGGGACCUGUCGGGACAGUCGAAGAGAGUCGAGGACGACUUCGACGAGUUCGAGGACGUAGGGUUCCGCACUCGGAGCGACUUCCGAAAUCGCUGGCAGAGCGAGGACAGCGACGUCACGCGCCGCAAGAAAGUGAGCGACAGCAGCGGCGAGUUCAGUCGAAUGCAGUGGAAUCGACGGAGCUGCGACUUCGAGCUCGACUACCCCAGCGAGGAGAGAGAGCGGAAGCUGAGCGAGAAGUCGGUCGAGUUCGACCGCAAGAGGUGGUAUCGUCGCAGCUGCGACAUCGACCAGGAUUUCGAAUAUCACAACAGACAGAGAAGGGAGGUCGAAUUCGACGUCGACUGGGGUCGAAGGGCGUUGGAGCAGUACGACGACUUCGAACCAGAACCUGUGGUCAGUCCCAAAAGCAAUAAGAAGAAUCGCAUCAGGAUUGCUGAGCAACAGCAACAGCUGAUGCAGGCGCACGACGUCGAAAGGGUGAGCAAAGUGAGGUAUGGCGAUCCCCUGAUAACAGACAUGAGGAGAAUGGAAGACGAGAACUGCAGGAAAAUGAGAAUGGACGACGAGAACUGCAGGAAAAUGAGAAUGGACGACGAGAACUGCAGGAAAAUGAGAUUGGAGAACGAGAAUGGGCGGCAGACCCGCAUGGACGAUUUCGGGGAUCGCCGAAUGCGUCUGGAUGACGUGCCCCCAGGGCGUAUUCCCCAGCAGUCACAGCAGCGUCUGGACGACGAGGCUGGAAGGCGCACCAGGCUGGAAGAGCACUACCGGUCGAAGACCAGCAUGGGGUAUCAUGGAAGGGAAAAGCGAGAGAGAAGUAAAACGCCCCAUCUGUUGCGCGGUAAGCUUCGACUCCUCAAAUCCAUCCUCUCCUUCUAGAGAGAGAUAUAUAUAGCAGUAACAUUUCAGUUUCAUGAAAGAGUUGCGGCAGCACAUACACCACCUGUAGCGGUGAAGGGGCAGCUAUCUUUGCAAAACACACAGAAAUGUCAUUGUAUCUAUACGCAAAACGUACUUACUACUACUACACACCGAAUGAAUGAAUGACUGCUUUCUUUGUCAAAAAGUUCCUGUUAAUAUUGUUUAUUUUAUUUUUCCCUUCUGUGGUAUCUGUCAGUGAAACUUUCUGUAGUUGCGGUCUAUUUUGGAAAAUGAUGGGACGGGAGGCACCUCCUCCUCCUCCCACCCCCCACUCCCAUCGUCUCUCCCCCCUCUGCUUCGGGUCUGAUUGUUCAGCAAAAUCGCUGUUUCAGGAAAAAUAUGCUGCUGCUGCUUUUUACUGCUGCUUUUUGAAGUAGAGGUUGGAUUUGGGUAUAGUCAUUUUCUCGCUUACGUCGUAGCAACAACAUCCACAACAACAGUAAAAAAACAAUAGCAACAACAUACAUGAAGAAAUCAAAGACUCACGGAAUCACUGUGUCUCUCACGAGUUACCCAUUUCCGAAACGAAAGUGAGAGACUGGUUCCCCCCAACCCCCUCAGUGUGGAGAAGUUUGUUAUUAUUGUUCCCUUAACGAAACGAAAGAGAGAAAAGAAGUGAGGGGCGGGGGACAGAAAAGAAUGGAUUUACAGUCGAAAAUGUUGCUCAGUGAUUUACGAGACUUAGGCAAAUCCCGAGACAAUCAUUUUCGCUGCUUCAAGUAAAAAAAAAGAUGGUGAAAGGAAAAUGUCCCACUGAAACGAACGGAUUUUUAUAUUCGUGUGGUGUCAUGACGAGGGAAAUGAUAUACUAUAUAUGUCUGUAAACGCAUUUUGUCUUUUGAGGAUAAGUGUAGGACAGUCUUAACAUAUGCAGUGUUCUCUAAAGGAAACAUAAACAAUGUGGAUUUCAAUGUAAAGCUUUUCGAACCUUCCCUUUUUUGUAUAGUGAAGAAAUAAGUAUUUUUUCAUGGUUCUCAGUGAGUCGUGUACAUGCUAUAGAUAUAUGAAGGAUAUAGUGUAAAAAUAUUGAAGCUUAUUUUUGUACAUUUUUUUUAUCAUUCAGCCAUAUGACGUAUUUCCGUUGUAUCCAUUUUUUUACGCGAUUAGUCCAUGUACAGUACAGUAAGUAUACAAUUCAUGUAAAGAAAUAAAUACUACUAGAUGCUGGUAUCAUCAGACACUGUUUACACUUGUUUUAAAACUUCUCUUUAUAUACAUAUCUGCCAAUAGGUGCUCCUUAACGUAACGACCUCUACAGCAUUUGCAAUGUAUUAAAUUUUAAAAUGUUUGUAAAUAAGAGUAUAUGAAACUUUCGUGUCUUUUUAUAUAUAUAUAUUUUUCCCAAAUUGUCCUUUAAAUAGUUUAUGUGAAACUCUGUAACAUAUGUAGAUUUUGUCGACAAUAUAUUGUUCCUUUUA